ACAAAAAUUUAAAAUUCAAUUUUAAAUAUUCAUUAUUACAAUCAAAACUGUUUUGCAAAUUAUUAGAAGAAGUAAUUAUUCCUCGAGUUUUGUCCAUAUUUUCUGCAUUUUUUAAAAUCAAAUCACAAGUGAAAAAUGAGUAAACACUCAAAGAAGUCGAUGAAUGUGGACAUCGCGACUGCAAAGAUUGGGUUCAUCGGUGCCGGAAGAAUGACCGAAUCAUUGCUCAAUGGUUUUGUCAAUUACGGCAAAAUAGAGGCCAGUCGUCUUCAUGUGGCCGCUCCGACCACCAAAAACUUGGAACGACUCAAACAACAGUAUUCAGGCCUUCAUAUAACCAAAAGAAAUUUGGAUAUCUUUGCCAAAUAUGGCUGCAAUAUUGUCUUCAUUGCAGUGCACGGCUCAGUGAUCCGCAACUGUUACAAACAGGGCGGCGAACGUCCCUUUCCGUUGACCACUAAUUUCAUUCCCAAUAUGAAGAAACCACUCUUCAUCCUCUCGUUGGUCACGGGUUUCACUCUCAAAGAGAUCAGUCAAUGCCUUCUGAAUCCCGAACAUCCGGAGAAGUAUUUGAUAGAAAUGCACAGAAUUGUCGUCAACUGUGCGGUGGCUUAUGGUCUGGGCAUCUGUGCUGUUGAUGUGGAACCGGACAGCAAAAAGAUUGCCGAACCUAUCAGAGGAUUGCUGUCAAAAGUGGCAAAAUUAGAGUUCGUACCCGAAAGUCAAAUGGACGCCGCGUGUGCCGUUUGUGGUGCAGGUCUGGCCUUUAGCUACUAUUUCAUCGCUGCUAUGUCUGACGGCGCCACCAAAAUGGGACUCUCCAGAGAUAUGGCCACAAAGUUCGCCGCAAAGACUGUUCAAUCGGCAGCGCAGUCGUUGCUUGAAUCGGGAAAGAAUCCAACAGAACUUCGUGACGACGUGUGCUCACCGGCCGGUCCGGCUAUCUAUGGUAUCCAUGUGCUCGACAAAGCUGAUUGUGCUUCAGGUGUGGCCGCAGCCGUCGAAGCCGCACACAAGAGAGCCGCCGAAUUGGCCAAAGAAGGAGAAAAAUAAACUAAGAGUAGUUAAUACAAGACUUAAGACUUUACAAUGUUUUCACAAUCAAUUCAACCCAAAGUCUGUUUCGUUGUAUUAAAUAGUAAUCAAAUGUAAUAAAAAAAAUUUCACUGAAUUUGUAUUUAAAUUUCAAUUUUUAUAUCCAUUAAAUAAAUUGG